AUGGCUCAGCAAUCAUCAUCAUCUUCUAACAAUAUAGUAGGAGUACAUUAUAAAGUAGGUAAAAAAAUCGGAGAAGGUUCAUUUGGUAUAAUCUUUGAAGGUAUAAAUAUCCUAAAUAAUCAACAAGUUGCUAUAAAAUUCGAACCUCGAAAAUGUGAAGCACCACAAUUAAGAGAUGAGUAUCGAUCUUAUAGAAUUCUUCAUGGAUGUAAGGGAAUUCCUCAAGCUUAUUUCUUUGGUCAAGAAGGUGUUCAUAAUAUAUUAAUUAUUGAUCUUUUAGGACCUUCAUUAGAAGAUUUAUUUGAUUGGUGUCAACGUAAAUUUUCUAUAAAAACUGUUGUACAAAUAGCAAAACAAAUGAUUGAAAGAGUUGAAACUAUUCAUGAAGAUAAUUUAAUAUAUCGUGAUAUUAAACCUGAUAAUUUUUUAAUUGGUAAACCAGGAACUCCUCAAGCUAAUCAAGUUUAUAUUGUUGAUUUUGGUAUGGCAAAACAAUAUAGAGAUCCAAAGACAAAACAACAUAUACCAUAUCGUGAAAAGAAAGCAUUAAGUGGUACUGCAAGAUAUAUGUCAAUAAAUACUCAUUUAGGUCGAGAACAACUGCGAAGAGAUGAUUUAGAAAGUUUGGGUCAUGUUUUUAUGUAUUUCCUUAGAGGUUCAUUACCUUGGCAAGGUUUAAAAGCUCCAACUAAUAAACAAAAAUAUGAAAAAAUUGGAUUAAAAAAACAAACAACCACUUUAAAUGAAUUAUGUUAUGGAUUCCCAAUUCAAUUCAGUCAAUAUAUGUCAUAUGUAAGGAAUUUAAAAUUCGAUGAAACUCCAGAUUAUAAAUAUUUAAUUAAUUUAAUGGAUAAAGUUUUAAUAUCACUUGGGGUUGAAGAAGAUGAUCAUUAUGAUUGGAUGGAUCUAAAUGGAGGACGAGGUUGGGAUGCUGCUCUUAAUAAAAAGGCCAACUUACAUGGAUAUGGUAACCCUCAUCCACCUCAACAAAGACAUCAUCAACUGAGACUUCAACAACAACAAGUUCAACAACAACAUCUUAGAAAUGAUCUGACUAAUUCAAAGUUAUUAUCUUCCCAAAGGAAUAUAAGAUCAUCAUCUAAUCAUAACAAUCCAAGACCAAAAUCAUUAUCAAUAGGAAAUUAUCAAUCUAUUUCUCCUGAUUCAAGAAAUCAACAAUUCUUAAACAAUGGAGGUGGAGGUCCUAUUUAUAAUAGUCAAGCUCAAGCUUAUCAACAACAUCAUCAACAGGGAAUGUUGCCUGUAAGAGAUGAUGGCGAUUUACAUUCAGAUACUUCAAGUUUUAAUGAACGUAGGAAACAUCAAUCGGGUGGAUGUUUUAGAUGGUUAUUUUAUUGUUGUUUCUAA